GAAGAAAUUGACAAAGUACUAUAAAUUAAGAGCCAGCAAUGUUUAAAAGAAGAUUGCAAGCUCUAGAGUAUGAAGAAUACGAUAAAGUCGACGCUAAUGAUUUACAACAUGUUAAGAAGUUAGUAAGUUGGCUUGAAAAUCAAAAAAUUCGACAUUACAAAAUCGAUGACAGAGGAGCGAUAUUAGAUAUUGAAUCUCAACAAUGGCCUGCUACAUAUGAAAAAUAUUUAGAAGAUGUUGGUUGUCCACAGUUUGAGACCCCAUUGGAUAAGGUGGAAUGGUUAGUGGGUUUGGCUAUACGUUUAGAGUAUGAAGAUAAUCGUGAUACAUACAGGCCAAUAAAGGGCACCAAAAAGAAAAGUGAUCAGCCAGUAGUUAAAUCAACUAAUCCCUUAGAUAAUCUUGAUUUUCAAAGUGAAGAUUUUAAGAAAGGAGUUAGUGAAUUAGCCAAAUUAUUGAACAUACCACAGCACCCUAAUCAUUUAAUAACUCUUGAAGCAUGCUCCAAGUUUAUUUGCAAGAGAUUAAAUGAAGAAGCUGUAAAAAAUCCAGGUUCAGUUAUUGUUACUGGCCAACCUUUCCCUAUAAUGGACACUAAUGCUGGAUUUAAAGUCAAGGAUCCUUUCUUGAAUAAGGCAGUUACAAUUUUAAGUUUGUUAUAUAUUCAAGAUCUGAGAGACCUCCAAACAAAAAUCAAUGAGGCUAUUGUAAGUGUACAAACAAUAACAGCUGAUCCAAAAACUGAUACUAAAUUAGGUAAAGUCGGUACAUAAAUUAAUUCAUAAUAUAAUACGUAAAUUUUUGUUUUUUCUGUUGCUCAAUGAAUUUCAAAAAUCUCAGCUGCUCAAAUUUAAUUAUACUAAAAUAUAGAACAAAAUAUUGAAUUAUUAAUUUAAUACAUCAAAUUAAUAUAUCUCUUUAAAAAUCACCGAUAACAGUUUUCUCAAGUAUAUUUAAAUAUUUCAUGUGAUAUCGAACUU